GUGCACAAUGAAUCAUAUUAUAAAUCUUUAUCAUAAUCUUUUGCAAAAAAAUGUUAUCGUCGAGUACUUUUACGAAAAUCUAGAUACAUCAAAUUUUAGCUUUUUACCAAAAUAUUCCCUGGCUCAAACCAUUGUUUCGAGUAAUUCCUGUAUAAAUAAGAAACCUGCGUAGUGCUAAAAUGAAGCUAUUUACAUUCUCUCUUGAAAAUCGUCCACCCAGUUUUAUCGUACAAGUGAUAGUGUAUUAACUAUGGAAAGUAACACGAAUCGCUUGGAAGUAGUCUAUAAACCUACCAUCAAAACCAGAGAUGGAGUUAUUAUGGAAAGUGAUAAAACUCAGAAUUGCUCACCAACUAUAUACUUAACUGUAAGCAUAGUCAAUCUGGCCUUGUUAUCAUCAAGUACGUCACUAGUGUGGUCCUCUCCCGUCCUGCCGUACUUACUAUCAAACGAUACCAACAUAAAUCCUCUGGGACAGCCGAUCACAGCAUCUCAAACAUCCCUCAUUAGUGGAUUACCAUACCUGGGAGGAGUUAUUUUCCCACUUGCUUUUGGAAAACUAUGCGACAUCUAUGGCCGAAGAAAAAUUAUGCUUUUGAUGGCAAUGCUUACUCUUGUCAUGUUCGUGGUACUAGCAACCGCUAGAAGCAUCUAUGUGUAUUAUAUAGCCAGGACAGUAUUAGGGGGGUUACUGUACUAUAGUUUCGUAGUUAAUAACAUUUACGGUAACGAAAUAGCUGAAGAUCAUAACAGAGCUAAACUUUCAUGUCUGCUUAUCGUGUCUCAUGUAUUAGGUAUACUAUAUGGGUAUAUUUUAGGUUUAUUUUUUAAUGUGAGAAACUAUACUUUAGUUUGUGCCGCUCCUUUGAUUGUCAGUAUUACUGGAAUGCUAUUUUUUGUACCCGAAUCUCCAUAUUAUUUAGUUAAGCACGACGAAUCACAAGCAAUUGAAGUACUAAGAAAACUUAGACAGAGACAUGAAGUUAGUAAAGACAUUCAGAAAAUCAAAGACACAGUUAAUAAUGUCGAAGGACACGACAAAUCAAGUUGGCGGCGUUUAGUAUCUGAUCCUGUAAAUAGGAGGGCAUGUAUAAUUUGUAUAGGAGCUAUGUCCUUGAACUUAUUUUCCGGUACUACUGCUAUAAUGGCCUUUAGUGGCUCCAUCUUUAACUCCAUAGGUGUUCCUGGGAAUCUUGUAUCUGUUGCACUAGGUCUAGUAAAAUUUUCUAUGACUGUGGUAGCAUUUGUCAUAGUGGGCAAAUUUGGUAAAAAGAAGUUAAUGUUGGUAUCAGCAACAGGCUGCUCCUUGAGUCACUUAACCGUAGGCGCAUAUUUUUACCUGAGAAGCAUAGAACUUGACGGGAUAGAAUCAUUUGCAUUGAUACCAGCUGUGAGUGUUUUACUAUACAUAGGAUUCUAUGGAGUCGGACUCGGCAUUGGUGCAACAGCAUUAACAGGCGAACUAUUUGCGGACGAUGUCAAAACAGCUGGUAAUAGUUUGGUCUUUGUACAAUCAGCUCUGUUGGGUUUCGCAGUAACCUCUCUAUUUCCGUUAGUUACUCAUUACCUAGGAAUGUACUGGCCUUUUUUUAUGUUUUCUGUCAUUUGCGCAGCGGGGUUGAUCUUUAUUUGGUACUUUGUGCCAAAGACGGAUGAUAAAAGCUUUCUGGAGAUUCAGGAGAUUCUGAGAAAGAAAAUUUCAAAAAAGUAAACUUAAUUUAUCCAAAGUAUGGAUAUUUUGAAUAGUACCGAACUCGCGGCCAAACUCGUCCUAGUUCUUUUCUCGCUUCCAUGUGGCAGCUACAGUCUGGAACUGAAGAAAACACACCGGACGCCUUUAAGAAAGUUCUAGCAUGUAAGGUUCUUCCGCGUGUGGAAUUAGUUUCCUCCAUACUUUGUAUAUUUUGUUAUAGUUAACCAUAAGCCUCCUUAUUUUGUUGUUAUAAUAUAAAUGUGCCUAACAACAAGAAGGCAUCUUAGGGGCUUCGUUUAUAGCGACCUAUAAUCGUUAUCAUAUGGUAUACUAAAUGAGUAUUGUAUUAUAGAAUAAGAAUAUAAAUUAUAAGGAAUCAAAGAUAACAGUUAAAUAAGAAGCUAUUUUUAUUCGUAAGUAUCUGUAAAAUAUUUAAUUAUAGGAUAUUAAGAAAUAUUCUAAGAAUAAGGACAGUGAUAUAUUAUAUAUUAUGCUAUUUAUUUUUGGUACUGCCUCGCAUCGUUUUCUGUCAAC